AUGAAGCAGAUGAACUUCGACGAGAAGUUGGAGGCGUUGUCGCGGAAGCCACAGAGCCACAUUACACAGGAGGAUGCUCGAGAACUUCACACGGCAGAGGGUCGCGCCUUUAACAAGCCACCUGGCCCUGGGUCCGUCUCCGCGCGAGUUCGAUCGAUAGCAGACCGUAACGAGGCCCUUGGGGUCCCUGCUAUACCGGGAGAGGCUUCUGUGUACAUUACAAAGGAUGAUGCGAGAGAGGCUCAGCAUGCUGAAUCGACAAUAUAUGGCGAACAAAAUACACGCGGUGGGAUUGCGGCAUAG